CCUCGUCUUAUCAGCACUGUUUAGAUGCCACAAGAAAGCAGUCUCAAUCAACAAAAUAUGUUGAUUUACUGCCGUCCAGGCCAAAGGGGAGUGUUUUUUUGGGUGACGUAACCCUAUUAUAUUUUGUUCUUUUUGGGUGUUAUAUAACACAAAGAGUUCUUUUCUUUAUUUUGGAUCAGGAGUGUUUUUUUGGGUGACGUAACCCUAUUAUAUUUUGUUCUUUUUGGGUGUUAUAUAACACAAAGAGUUCUUUUCUUUAUUUUGGAUCAGGUAAGUUCCCUGGGCCUGUGUUGGUGGCUGUUUGUUUUAUUGGUCUGUAUGUUGUUUUUGACUGUCAUAUUUGCUCUCUUGUAGGAGUGUUUUUUUGGGUGACGUAACCCUAUUAUAUUUUGUUCUUUUUGGGUGUUAUAUAACACAAAGAGUUCUUUUCUUUAUUUUGGAUCAGGAGUGUUUUUUUGGGUGACGUAACCCUAUUAUAUUUUGUUCUUUUUGGGUGUUAUAUAACACAAAGAGUUCUUUUCUUUAUUUUGGAUCAGGUAAGUUCCCUGGGCCUGUGUUGGUGGCUGUUUGUUUUAUUGGUCUGUAUGUUGUUUUUGACUGUCAUAUUUGCUCUCUUGUAGGAGUGUUUUUUUGGGUGACGUAACCCUAUUAUAUUUUGUUCUUUUUGGGUGUUAUAUAACACAAAGAGUUCUUUUCUUUAUUUUGGAUCAGUGUGUGAUGUCUAUAUUUAUCGCAGCAGAAGCCCUACCUCCCCAACCCACGCCAGCACUCCCACCCCAACCGCCAGCCCCACAACCACAACCGGCUCCUCAUCAACCAAGGCAACGGAGGCGUGCUAGGCCACCAAUUUUUCGAGCCCGUGUCCUACUUUUUGGGAUGCCAGAUGAUGUGGUUGUACGUAGAUACAGGCUGCCACCACAUCUAAUCCUAGACACUCUCUCCAUAAUAGAGAGUGAUCUGGAGUCUGAAAUUCGGUAUCCUACAGCAAUACCACCAUUGACACAAUUCCUUGCUGUGUUACAUUUUUUGGCAACAGGGUCUUACCAGCAUGUGGUGGGAGACCUGGUUGGCAUGUCGCAGGGCCAGUUCAGUAAGGUCCUGCGGCGUGUCUGCCAGGCUUUCCUCAAGCGUGUGAAGCAAUUUAUUGCUAUGCCUUUGGAUGUUGGUGCCCUAGAUGUGGUGAAGCGGCAAUUUGCGGAAGGUGGUAGUCGCUUCCCACAUGUUAUUGGGGUUGUGGAUGGCACACAUGUAGCUCUUCAGCCACCAAAACAUAAUGAAGAAAUUUAUAGAAACAGGAAACUGUUUCAUUCUCUGAAUGUAAUGGUUGUUUGUGGGCCAUCCCUCCAGAUCCUUUCCCUGAACGCCAAGUUUACUGGAAGUUCCCAUGAUGCGUAUGUCAUUAGACAAUCAGGGAUAUGGCACAGAUUAAGAUCAAGUCAACGAGCAGACAUGUGGUUAUUGGGAGACCGUGGAUAUGCUUGCACCCCUGGCUCAUGACUCCUUACCGUAAUCCCAGGCCAGGACCACAGACGGCAUUUAACUCCGCGCUUACUGCCACUAGGCAGCUGGUGGAGCGCACAAUUGGGGUCCUUAAAGGGCGGUUUCGUGUGCUCCACCGCACUGGUGGCGACAUCAUGUAUUCGCCGGAGAUGGCAAGUAAAAUAGUGGUCCUGUGCGCUAUACUCCACAAUAUCGCGGUAAGGAGUAGCGUAGAGCUUCCUCAGACAGAGGAAUUGCCUGAUGAGGAGCCAGGGGUUGUCCGACACUUCGGUGGGAGGAGUGUUACAAGGAGGGGGAGCCAAGUCAGGGCAAGCAUUGUUGCUGAAUUUUUCAGCUGAAAGACCACACAAACUGAGCAAUCAUUCUAGGACGACCACAACGGCAAGCACCACAUGAUGCACCAGCUCAGCACCCUUCCCCUUCUCACUCCCCCUCCACUUCCCAGUCCCCCUCCCCUUCUCACUCCCCCUCCCCUUCUCACUCCCCCUCCCCUUCUCACUCCCCCUCAGCUUCCCAAUCCCCCUCAGCUUCCCAAUCCACCUCAGCUUCCCAAUCACCCUCAGCUUCCCAGGCCCCCUCAGCUUCCCAGGACCACUCCACUUUCCACUCCCCUUCUCAGCCAACCUCUCCUUCUCUUUGUGUGACCCCUUCUCCUCCUUCCCAUACCCCUUCUCCUUCUACUUCCAACUCACCUUCUCAGCCCCCCUCACCCUCUAUUGGCCUAACAUUUUCACCGCCCCCCUCGCCCUCUCAAUCAGACCCACCCUCUGAAAUUACAUCCCCAAUCCAACCUCCUUCCUCCAUCCAGCCUCCUUCCCCCAUCAAGCCUCCUUCCCCCAUCCAGCCUCCUUCCCCCAUCCAGCCUCCUUCCCCAAUCCCUCCUCCUUCCCCCAUCCAGCCGCCUUCCCCACCGAGUGAAUGGGCAGAGGAAGCCCCUGAAGCCAGUUCAGGGAGUCUUCAUGUUGCCGAGGAAAAUGUUGCAGUUGGAGUUCCUCCAAGUUUGGGAGCCAUUCUUUCCACCAUGCGCCAACACCUGCAAGGAUUGAUACAUUGUGUUGAUCAAUUGGAAAAAUUUUAUUGAUUUUGUUUAUUUUAUAAAAAAAAAAAAAGAUUUAUUUAUCUUUAAAAAAUUAAAAAAGUUGAUUAAAGUUAA